CUUCCCCGCUCAGACUUUGAGGAGCCGAUCCCUGACGACCGUUACCAUGGCAUCUACUUUGCAAUGCUAUUGGCUGGCGUGGGUUUCCUGCUCCCGUACAACAGCUUCAUCACCGACGUGGACUACCUGCACCACAAGUUUCAAGGGACGUCCAUCGUGUUCGACCUGAGUCUGACGUACAUCCUGGUGGCUCUGCUGGCCGUCAUCCUGAACAACGUGCUGGUGGAGCGGCUCAGUCUGCACACCAGGAUCACUGUGGGUUACAUCCUGGCUCUCGGGCCGCUGCUCUUUGUCAGCGUGUUUGAUGUGUGGCUGGCCAAGUUCACCACAGCACAGGCUUACGUCGUCAACCUGGUGUCAGUGGGAGUGGUGGCCUUCGGAUGUACAGUGCAGCAGUCCAGUUUCUAUGGUUACAUGGGGAUGCUGCCCAAGAGGUACACACAGGGGGUGAUGACCGGGGAGAGCACAGCAGGCGUGAUCAUCUCUCUGUCGCGCAUCUUCACCAAGCUGCUGAUCCCGGACGAGAGGAGGAACACGCUCAUCUUCUUCCUGGUGUCCAUCAGUAUGGAGAUGCUCUGCUUCCUGCUCCACCUGCUGGUGCGCCGCUCUCAGUUCGUCCGUUACUACACCAGCCACGCCCAGGGAAAAGGAGCGGGGAAACUUCCCGACGCACGAGACAACGGCACCGGAUACAGAGUGCACCACGACGUCACCGCAGAGGAAGUACGAUUUGUAAGUUUGUGA